UAAGAUGUGGCGGUUGCUGUGGCUGGCGGUGGGAGUGGCUGCAAUCCCCCCGCACCAGGAGACUGCUCGGGUCGCGCGCUUCGUGGCCCACUUGUGUGACUGGGGCGCGCUGGCCACGAUCUCCGCGCAGGAUCCUCCAAUGCGGGGCCAGCCCUUCGUCAAUGUCUUUUCCGUCAGCGAUGGGCCGGUGGGGUCAGAAGGUAGUGGGAUCCCGUACAUGUACCUGACGGCGCUGGAGAUCUCAGUGCGUGACUUGAAGGUGAAUGCAAAUGCCUCCCUAACUAUGUCCUUAGCACAGACUUCUUACUGCAAGCAGCAUGGUUAUGAUCCUCAAAGUCCUCUAUGUGCCCAUGUGAUCUUCUUUGGCAUAGUUGAGACGGUUCAGAAUGGUACAGAAGCUGAUUUUGCAAAGACAGCACUCUUCAGUAGACAUCCUGAAAUGGUAUACUGGCCAGUAGGGCAUAACUGGUUUUUUGCCAAACUGAACAUCACCAACAUCUGGCUUCUAGACUACUUUGGUGGAAUCAAAACUGUGACCCCAGAAGACUAUUUUAAUGCUGUACCCUAUGGGAUUUUAAUGGGCUUCGUGAAUGCAAAUGCCUCCCUAACUAUGUCCUUAGCACAGACUUCUUACUGCAAGCAGCAUGGUUAUGAUCCUCAAAGUCCUCUAUGUGCCCAUGUGAUCUUCUUUGGCAUAGUUGAGACGGUAACCAAUAUUUGUGCUGAUAUCAAGAAUACACGUGUAAACACUAGCUCAGAAUUAUAA